GCCGGGAGCGGUGCGAGGAGCCGAGCGCCCAGGGCUGCCCUUCCCGGGCCAGCGGGGCGGCGCUGUCGGCCGGGGCGGGCGCUCCGGGCUCCCCGACGCCUCCUGCGCCCGGCGGCCGCGCGCCCCCGCUCCGCCCUGCCGGUUCCCGGGGGUCCCCGCCAUGCGCCCAGGCUAGUGCGCCCGGGGCGCAGCGCCGACCGGGGCCGCUCCCGCCGCCCGCUCCCGCCGCCGGCAUGCUGCGCCCGCUGCUGCUCGCCGCGCUCUGCCUGGCCGGCCGGCUCGAGCCCACCCGCGGCUGCCAGCUGCCGUCGGAGUGGAGACCCCUGAGCGAGGGCUGCCGCGCCGAGCUGGCCGAGAUCAUCGUGUACGCCAAGGUGCUGGCGCUGCACCAGGAGGUGCACGGCCUGUACAACUACCUGCCGUGGCAGUACGAGGCCAGCGACGCGGGGCUCUUCUACUCGGCCGAGAUCGAGAUGCUGUGCGACCAGGCGUGGGGCAGCAUGCUCGAAGUGCCCGCGGGCUCCAGGCUCAACCUCACCGGCCUGGGCUACUUCUCGUGUCACUCCCACACCGUGGUCCAGGAUUACUCCUAUUUCUUCUUCCUCAGGAUGGAUGAAAAUUAUAACCUCUUGCCUCAUGGAGUCAAUUUCCAAGACGCCAUCUUUCCUGACACUCAAGAGAACAGGAGGAUGUUUUCCAGCCUUUUCCAGUUUUCGAACUGUUCCCAAGGGCAGCAACUGGUGACUUUCUCCAGUGACUGGGAGAUCCAGGAAGACAAUAGGCUCAUGUGUUCCUCGGUGCAGAAGGCCCUGUUCGAGGAGGAGGACCACGUCAAGAAACUGCAGCAGAAGGUGGCCACGCUGGAGAAGCGGAACAGGCAGCUCCGGGACCGAGUGAAGAAGGUUAAGAGGUCUCUCAGGCAGGCGCGGAAGAAUGGCCGCCACCUGGAGCUGGUGAACCAGAAGCUCAGCGAGAAGCUGGCGGCCGCGGCAGGAGCCAUCCCGCACAUCAAUGCCCUGGGGCGGGAGCCGGCACGCAGCUCCUACCUGCGGGGGUAGUGGGACUGCACGGUGGCCGGGCCCAGCCCUACUGGGUCACCUCGCCUCCCGCCAGGGAAUGGAGUGAUGGUGGUUUUGUAUGUACACAUAUUUCAAAUCUUGUAGAAGAUGUUUGUACUCCUUUUGUAGCAUCUAGUUGGUUUAAACAGCAAGCCUUGCUUUCCCCUUGGUUGCUGGCCUGGUCCCAGACACAGUGCUCAGAAGUCCAGGGGCAGCAGGAUCCUGGAGCUCCAUGUCCCUGCCUGGGGCCUGUCACCAGCUUCCAGGAGCAGCCUGCGAAGUGCACUUAUUGGGGAAAGAACAUUUUAGAAUCUCUUAAUGUAUGAGACUUCGAGGGGCUUGGCCUUUAUUUCAGAGGGGAGGCAGAGUGGUCUCAGCUCUGAGCUCCGGGACAAUCACUAGUUUGGAGGAGUGAUCUGAAUCAAUUCAUGGAACCUUUUGCUGUCUCAUUUUCCAGAGCUUUGGAAGAAUGGUGGCCUCGCAAAGCACCCAAGGAUGCCUAUAAACAAACAUGUGCAGGGUGUCCUUACUCCAGCCAUCAUUUCCUCACAGCUGAGGCUUAUUAAGACUUAAUGAGCUCAUCACAGGUAAGGGAAUUGAGUUGGGAGUGGGGUGGCAGGUAAUUAAACAAAAUGAACUAUACCUGAUAUCCAACACCAGCUACACGGAGCUGAAGG